CCAAGGCAACGAGGGCUUUACUUUAACCGACUCCUGCAGAAACAACAUUAGAUUGAUAGCUAAUUGCUUUAUAAAGAUCACAAAAUCUCCGUAAGCCCGAAGUCGGCUAAUACUUUAGGAAAAUGCCGGUGCACUUCAAGGGAACUACAGAGUAUCAGAAUAAAUUCAAGGCUGGGCGGGUAUCUCGGUCCAGGAGCACCUCUCCUCACCACCCCCCUGCCCUGGCAGGUCUACGCUCUGACGAGCUGGGCAUCAUCAGAGAGCCUCAGUUCCUGGCCAGGAGGAAGGUGUUGUCCCACCAGCACCUUCCCCUGGUGUCCAGCUCCCUCAUCUGGGACUCAGACCCCCGUCAGGGAACAGCCACGCCCUCACCCUGCACCCCUCAAAGACCCUCUCCUGCCCCAGGACCUGCCCCAGCCCCUCAAAGACCCUAUCCUGCCCCAGGACCUGCCCCAGCCCCUCAAAGACCCUCUCCUGUCCCAGGACCUGCCCCAGACCCUCAAAGACCCUCUCCUGCCCCAGGACCUGCCCCAGCCCCUCAAAGACCCUCACUGGCCCCAGCCGUGGCCCCAUCCCUGGCCCCAGCCGUGGCCCCGGCCUCACCAGAGCAUGUGCAGACCCCAGAGGCCCCCCGGGGCCCCAGACCCCCUGGCCCCCAGUCUCACCCCACACCCCCACCCUGUGCCCUGAUUGGCCAGGCACAGCGCAGACCUCCCAUGGCGACGGAGGAAGGACAGAGUGGAGCUGUGAAUGGGGUGCUCAGGAGGAAGGCAGGUUUGAGGUCGUCAGGUCGGAGGGUGGGGCUCCACAGCUCUGAGUACAGCAGGCAGUUCCUGUGGAGAACCACCGCGGCUCGCUCCCCCCUGCUGGCGGCAGAACAGGUGCUGCAGCCCAGCCACAAGACUGUCCGGCCGGCCAAGCCCCGCCCAGCAACGGUGGAGACAGAGUACCAACGGAACUUCAAAGGUUCCCCCCCGCAGCGAGCCCCACGGUACCGCCGGACCCUGGAGCACGGGGAGGCCACGCUGUUCCAACCGGAGGACGUUCCCCCUGAGAAGCCGGCCAAGGUAGCGGAACACCCCAGAAUAGCAGGGACAGGGAAGAGCAAGAGGAAGAAGAGAAGGGAAGAGAAGGAGAGGAAGCAAAGCCCCCAACAGGAAGUUGCAGCUAUGGUGAACGAGAGUCCGCAACAGGAAGUGAGGUCACUCUCCCCUCAGAAGCCUGUUCCUUCCCAUGGAGCGCUGAGGAAGGUGAGGUCAGAGUACGACUCCAGCUUCCGCUCUCCGAUCUGCUACAGAUACCAGGGUGGAGUCUGGGUGAAGGCUGCCACUGCACGAGAGGAGGUGCAGGAGCUGAGGAACAAGGCAGAGGCCUACAGGAAGAGGGCAUGGGGUACCCACUUCUCCCGCCUCCACCUGAACCAGAUCCUGUCAGAGCAGACUCACCUGUGGGAGCCCUCCACCUCCUCCACCUCCUCCUCCUCUCUCAGCCCCACCAUCGAGGCCCUGGACCUGGCCAGGGUGGGCAGCAGCUCCAGUGCUGGCCCUCUGACUCCGGGGUCCAGCAGGAAGAGCUCCACAGGGGGGGCCGAGGCCCCUGGCCCCCCCACCCUGCCUGUUCAGAGGAAGCUAGCCUGGGGGGAGGAGCAGGAGGAGCAGGAGGAGCAGGAGGAGCAGGAGGAGGAAUAUGAUGAGGAGGAGGGCAGACUAGCCACCCCUCAGGUGAAGAUCAGGCCCAAGCAGAGGACACAUCAUGACAGGACCACCCCUGCUACCGGUGGGGCUCUCCUGGUGUCACCCCCCAAACAGAAGAGGGGUGUGUGUGAGAGUGAUGCCCCCCUGGGUGAACCCCUCUCCCCCUACAGGCACCUAGCUGUCAGGACGCCCCAGAAACACCCACACCAGGCUGGAAGCCCCCCUGGGGGCCCCUCAGCAGCUGGGGUGGCCACGGUAGACCCGCUCCCCCUCAGAGAGGAGGCCUGCUCUGGGCAGAGCCCCCCCCAGAGCCUUUCCCAGGACCCCCCAGCCUCCAGACCCCCCAAGAAGGCAGCCACCAGCCUGCGACCACCCCAGCCCGGCCCUCCUCCAGCCAACCGCAUCCAGGGAACUCUAAGGAACCCAGAGUUCCAGCACAAUGGUAAUCUGGGGGUGAGGAUGUCUGAGGUGAUGCUGGUUAGGCCCGGAGCAGCGACAUCAGAGGAUGACGACCGCAUGUCGGAGAUGUCCUGGCGUUCUGCAGGCUCCUGCGCCAUGGCGACGGCGGUGCUGGAGCGCGCUCAGAAGAGACGAGAGGAGUUCUGGGGGAAGAGAUGACCUCUCUUGACCUCCGACCUCUAGCUGACCUCUUCCUGUUUCCCCUUUAGGGGUUAAGAUUUUAUGAACUUCACCCUGGAUGUCAAAGUUCAGUACUGACCCAGCCAUGACCCUACAACACACACACACACAUGCACAAACACAUAUGCAUACACACACGCACACACACACACAGGGAGUCAGGCCUGGUGCUAUUUCUGACGUGUGAGAUUGAAUGAAGAGACUUUGAUUCUAGAGGUGUGUGAGAAUCGUCCUGAUAGUGUUUCUUUUUGUAGUUAGUUUUAUAUUGAAAAACGAUCUGUCUGUAUCCACUGACUGGUAAGAGCUGAGAGGUUAAGCACGUCAACAGUCAAACUAGCUUCCUGUACCUCUCACCCCCUCCCUCCAUCCCUCCUCUCCCUCCAUCUCUCCAUCUCAUCCAUUAGCAGGUGUGCUAAUUAUGCAAAGAAAUCAACAGGGAUGUUGCGGUGACCUGCUGUGUGAUUCUCUACUGUAAAUGGUGUAGACUCUAGGCCCCAGAGGCUCAAAUACC